AGUUCACAGUGCCACUGCCCUUGAUGGUCGCUGUAUGGACAUCUGUCAGCUCAUCACAGAGACACAUGCCGACUCCCCCGAGCAGGCCAGGGAUCGCAUCAUUGAGUGGGCAGGCAACCUCAUCUCGAUAUGCGAGUCCCGCCUGGAGAAGGUGAUCGGAGCUGACAGCCCAACAGUUGUGGAAGAUGAGCAAAGGCUGUGUCAGUAUAUCUUCACGGUGGGGGACGCGGCACAGAUCUGUCCUGCAAGACUCAAACACUCGUCUCUGCUGCUGAUACAAAACCUGCUCACGGGUUGUAGUGAUGAAUGUGACAAAGAUGAUACAGUGUGGACUUGA